CAACGAGCCUGUUUGGAGCAGCAACACUACAGCCUUUGAGUGACUCAACGAGCCUGUUUGGAGCAGCAACACUAGUACAGCCGUCAGUAACAUCCGGAGGAGGAGGAGUUGCAGCACCUGCGGUACCUGCGGUUUCUACUAGUCCCCCGAGUACGAAUCCUGAAACUACUAUGAUGUGAAAAAGUGCACUCACACUCAAGAAAUUGGCUAGGAUUUAAGCAGGAAAAUAGCCACUUUUUCUGAGUUUGAGUGCACUUUUUUCUUUCAUAACUUCUACUCAAGAACUGGUCUGCUCUAAUCGACGAACUCUUCCUCGAACUCGUCCUCUAAUCAGCCAAGGAUGUUCUGAACCAAUAAUAACUUCUGCAACCACCUCUACUUCUAAUAUGUUGAGUACUGCUGAAGAAGAAACGGCAAUAAAUUCCACUGGUGCAACAACUUCUACAGGGAGGACUACAGCUGGUACAUCAACUACACGAGGACCUGUACCCUCUACUAGUCCCCCGAGUGCGAAUCUUGGAACGCUAGCGCGACCACAAGUUGUGCCUCCAGCAGUGAAAAAUGCACCCGCUCCAUUCUCAGUGGCAGUUUAUGAAUGGGGAAGUUACGCUACUUAAAUUUAUUUAACUAGGGGUAUUGCAAGGGAGAGGGGAGAGAGUUAUUAAAGGGAAACAAGAGCUACAAAAUAAGUUCUAAUAAUGGAACAAGGCG